AUUUUCUGUCAAUUUUAAUCAUAACAAAUAUGGCGAACCGCACGGUGAAAGACGCGAAAUCUAUUCGCGGUACAAAUCCACAAUAUCUUAUAGAGAAGAUUAUAAGAUCACGUAUAUACGACUCUAAAUACUGGAAAGAAGAAUGUUUUGCCUUAACCGCGGAGUUGUUGGUAGACAAAGCCAUGGAAUUGCGGUAUAUAGGUGGAGUGCACGGUGGCUUCAUAUAUCCCACUCCAUUCCUCUGUUUAGUGUUAAAAAUGCUUCAGAUACAGCCAGAAAAGGAUAUUGUCGUAGAGUUUAUCAAAAAUGAAGAGUUCAAGUACGUGCGCGCGCUCGGUGCUUUUUAUAUGAGGUUAACUGGUACUUCAGUAGACUGUUAUAAAUACUUGGAGCCUCUGUACAACGACAACAGAAAACUAAGGCGACAAACUCGCGAGGGCCAGUUUGAAAUAGUCCAUGUGGAUGAGUUUAUCGAUGAAUUGCUUCGGGAAGAGCGUUUGUGUGACAUCAUAUUGCCGCGAAUACAAAAGCGGCCAAUUUUGGAAGAGAACAACGAGCUGGAGCCCAAAGUGUCUGCUUUAGACGACGAUUUGGAUGAAGAGAUGGCUUCUGAUGAAGAUAACGCUGAUCCUGAUAGUAAAGAGAACAAGCGCGAUAAAGAAAGGAGGGACCGCGACCGCAGGAGGGAGAGAUCGAGAGACCGUGAAAGACGCGAAAAGGACAGAAAACGGGAUCGCUCCAGAAGUAGAGACAGAGAUAGGCGGCGCGACAGAGAACGGGAGAGGGAAAGGGAGAGAGAGAAGGAACGAGAACGGGAGCGUGAGAAGGAAAGAGAUAGAGAACGACUCAGGGAACAGAGGGAGCGGGACAGAGAAAAGGAACGCAGAGAUAGAGACAGACAUGAAGCAGACAGGCGUAGAGACAGGGGUAGAUAUUAGUGUAAUAAAUGUGUUGAUUGUA